AUGUGUGGUAUGUAUUUACUCUUUAGUAUUAUUAUUAUUAUUACUUCUGCGUUUCACAUGAAACUAACGCCGGAACAGCUGCGUUCACCGACAUGGGUGCAGAAGUUUCGAAAAGCGAAUUGCUUUGAAUGCGCGACAUUUCUUACUAGUUUGUUAUUAGGGCAAGGAUAUAAUGCAUUCGUAGUAAGUGGUUACGCAUCCAGAGAACAAACACUAUGCGAUUUGACAAGGAGAUCAUGCCCCUACAUACCACAACCGGAAAAGCAACCUCAACCGGAAGCAGCAAAACCCGACGUUACCAAAUACAAACUUCAACUUACUACUGAAUACAAAAGUCAGUUUUUAUCAGAAUUGGAAGAAGAAAAAGCAAGAAAAUUGCAGGAGAAAUUACUUUUGGAUGAAAAAGAACGGCAAAAAUUAAUCGAGGAAUUAGAGCAGCUUCCGGUAGAUGAGUAUUGGGGACAUAGAAUACAUGCUUGGGUAGCAAUAUUACCAGAAUUGGGUGGACUAAGGGACCAAGAGAUUCCUUGCCCGCUUUUUAUUGAGUCUACCACUGGUGUAUUUUAUGAAGCCACGGACGAUGAUACAGCCCAGUUGUUCCUGGGUAUAGAAAGUAUAUGGAAUGAUAAGAAUUAUUGGGUAAAUAUGCAAUCAACCACGAAAUCGUUGAAUAUAAUAUGGGAUUUAAUGAAUGUGCAACUAUGGGAACAUUUACUUCCCGGAGAACCAUGGACAACGCGUGGAAAAGAAAUGGAUGAGGAAUCCGCUAUUCAACAAGAGAAACAUUUGGAUAUGCCACACUCAUACGUAAAUAAAAUAAAUAUUAGCGAAGAAGAAUUUGAGAAACGAUUUCCAAAUGGUACAAAAACAAUACUUUAUAAGAAAACCAAAGUUGAACUGUACGCACCGUACCUCCAAAUAGAUGGAUUAGUACAAAAAAUCACUACGUAUGAUGAUUACGAUUACAUGAACGCUAUUGAAAUAUACGAAAAUUACGCAAAUAGAUCUGAUUAUCUUGUAGAAUCACGAAAGAAUAUGAACAAUGAUACUAUUGUAGACUAUUAUGCUAGAGGUCGAGCAGAUCAGUGUAAAGAACAUCGAUAUUUUAUUAACGAUCCUACUGAAAUAGAUAGCGAAAGAAUUUUAGAUUUUUAUCAUAUUGCGCGUUUCGAUGGACUGUCGAGAUUUAAAAUGCAUCCAAAUUAUUUAAUACAACAUUUCGUCAACCGUGAUGAUUUUCUGUAUUACCGGCAUGUACAGUUUUCACGAGAAAAGACUGUCGCUCCUCUAGAUGAUAUUCAUUAUCGACAUAUUUCGAAAAUCAUCGAGAAAUUUAAUAGAGACGAACGAAUUGAAGCAAGUAAAAAUAUAGCAAUUCGUGAAUUCGCUAUUGAUGAUAAUGAAAUAUGUCUCACAUAUCAUUAUCAUCCAGGUCAAUUUACGAGAGCCAUGCGGAUGUUUAUAAAACCACCAUUAGCAGAAAGAGGAGAACGAUUGGUUCUUAAUCCAUCGAUGACAUAUGGAUAUAAUCCUCUGGAUGACCAUGAAAAGACCUUAGACUUACUAUACGAGUUAGAUACACAACUGAAAGAAGAGGACUUAUCUGUAUCUCAAGUUAGAGCAGCGGAAAAGGAAGCGUACUCCUUUCUCGAGGCAAGGGAUAAGGAAUACUUGAUGCCAAAAUUAUUGAUAUCUAUAUACGAUAAACUCAGAGAGCCAGAAGCACUUAUGGAAACAUUUGUGGUAUAAAAAUUGUAAUGACAUGAAUUUUAAUGAAUUAUUUUAAUUAAUGUACGUAUUAAAUAUAGAGUAGCGAAUGGUCACAGACACGGAGUCAAAAAGAUAUCUCGGAAGAUAUAGAUUAUUUGAAGCCGUAUCUAGCUCGUAUAGGAGACCCACAGGAAUUAUCGAAAAUUGAU